AUGAAUGCGGACGAAUUCCAAUUCCUUCAAUAUCAUCUUUCCAUCCUCCAGGUCGCCGCAUCGAAACCCAACCAAAAGUGCACAUCUACAGGGCAGCUGGCCGAACUCGGCACACAUGAGCAGCACUUCCAAGCGUCUUUGAGCACUGUCAAAUCCACUAUUCAAUCAUGGACCAAUCGACCCUGGCACACCCUCAUCGAAAUCUGGGACUUGGUAAACGGUCUGGGUGAGCCAAAUGAGAUCCCUAAAGACUCGUAUAAGGAGAAAGUAGAAAGAUUAAAAAAGGCCAUUGAAUAUUUCAAGAAUACGGUUGCACCAUACGCGAAAGGACUGAAUCUUCAGCUAAGGGGUGGAUCCCGAACCUUCCCCUUGAUGACGAUGAUGGUAGAGCUUUUUCUAGGUCCCAAAUGUGACUGGAACUACCCUACCCCACAGCAGAGCCAGGUGGGCGACAAAGGAGAAGAAGUCAAGAUCAUGCAGCAUAACUUUUCGGUGGUGGAUCCAGAUGUCAGUCCCGACGAGUAUGGCAGGAGCGUGUACGGCGACAGGUGGCCCACGGCUGAAGAAGGAGGUAAGGAUGUAGGGGGAGAGGAAGAUAUUGAUUAG